AUGAUCCUCCAACACGUUUACGUGCUUGCUUUCCUUCAAUUCCUCUUCCUCAUUCAAGCCUCCAGUGCAGGAUACACCCCUCUGCAAACGUACCAUAAUGCUGACAAAGACACAACUAUUGCCAUCAAGCGGGCCCUGGACUCCGCUAAGGGCACAACGUACACGCUUAAUGAAACGAAAUUGACGAAAAGUUGGGCUGACGCUACCCUAUUCUCCGCUGGAAUAAGUUCCAGUACAAAUGCCUCUGUUGCAUCAGAGGAUGCAACACUAGACCUCGAGGGAGGUCUUGCAGUUGUUUGCGCAGCAUGUUAUAUCAAUGGGUCUGUCAGCGGUUUCUUGACCGUGGAGAACGACUUCAAUAUUACCCAGGCAAUAGAUAAUGUCGUGGAUGAGGUUGCAAACGUGACAGAGUCGGCAAUUGACCAGCUCGAAACUUUUGUUGAUGAUUUAAUCGGCAACGUCACUGAUAUUGACAGUAUCUCGGAUUUCGACUUUCCUGCCUGGCCGACCCUCGACUUGGACUUGGACCUCGAUGAUGCAGACGGGUUCCCAGAUGUACAUGCGCAAUUUGAAUUCAACGACUUAGAGCUUUAUGUGGAGCUGGAUAUCCAGUUGUCCGCUGGGGCAACAUAUACGUUGAACUUAUUUACGUCGCAGAGUGUUGCUGGCUUCUCCAUUCCUGGCCUUGAGGCAGGCGCGCUGUUCAAAGUCUCGCUGGUGCUGAUCGCCCAGGCGGAAAUUGACAUCAGCAGUGGGUUUCAUAUUAAACUUGACGAUGCGUUUGCGUUAGAGUUGGAACUGUUCAACAAGAAUGUCUCGCAAAUUUCAAUGCCCGGUGGAAGAAUGGAAUUUCUUCCAGUAGUCAUUGAAGGCCACGGUAGCCUACAAGCCCUACUCCUACUGGAAGCCAGCGUUGGGUUUGAGAUUGCAAGUCCGAACUCAAUCUUGGCCGACAUUGCCAGUUUUAGUGCUGGAAUAGGCGCUGAAGUCUUCGCUUAUGUGGGCGACUUUCUCGUGCAGGCUGAUGCUUCUACUAGCGACGAUGCAGACUGUGCAGUCGAAGUUGUUGCCGAAUAUACUCUUGCCGUGGGCGCAGCUGCGGGUGCAACUGUCGCUGUUGCUGAGUAUGAAUGGGGCCCUGCGCCUAGUACCACCGUUCCUAUUUUCUAUACCACCCUGGCGAGCAUUUGUGCUGGAAGCAAGACGUCUUCACCGACUACUACACCCGUUUCCACACUAGAAGAGCGGGACAAUGAUCUCGAGAAGACGACAACUACAGUGUCCACCACAUCAACGUACACCAUGGUGUCCUGCUCCUCAAAGGGUCUCGUCAACUGUCCUGUCCGCCUGCAGAGUACAACAUCUGUUGAGCGAGCAUUGACGACAGUUCUAACUGUAGGACCAAAUAUGGAAGCCACCUUCCCCGUGGAUACUUUUACUACCCUGGAAGGUGCUAUUUCCUUUGGGAACAAUGUUCGCACUUUCGGUGCCUUGUCCGGGACGCCGGUUUCCUAUGUUCCCCCACAACCGACUUCUUCAGAAACUGGUAGUGCUGAAAGUGUUGGCUCAGCCGACGAUGGCGGCAAUUCUAACAAGACUCAACUUAUUAUUGGCUUGAGCGUGGGACUGGGAGUUCCGGCCGUCAUAGCUAUAGCGAUUGGGUUAUGGUGGCUUUCUUAUAAACAUAAGGGAUCUCGUAUCAAACAAGAUGGGGUGACAGCGGCCUCUCCAGGUCAGGAGCAGGGUGCGAAACAGCCAAUGACAACAGUGAGCGCUACCUGA